GUUACUUCCUCUAAAUAGGAGCCACCUAUUUCUUCACACCCAUAGGGCAGGAGCUAUAGAUUUCGUCUCAAAUUUUAGUUUUCGUUCCCUUCAUUGCGGUGCUAAAGUUGUUUCUCUGUGCCUCUGCAAAUUGUGUUAUUGUAAAAAGGAAGCCAGUUAACAUGGGACCUGGCGGACCAGGGGGUCCUGGGCCUGGUGGUGGACCUGGGGGACCGGGUUGGGGUCCUGGGCCUGGUGGUGGACCUGGGGGACCGGGUUGGGGUCCUGGGCCCGGUGGUGGACCUGGGGGACCGGGUUGGGGUCCUGGGCCUGGGGGACCUGGUUGGGGACCUGGUUGGGGUCCUGGUUGGGGUCCUGGAGGACCUGGUUUCUUUGGGCCUGGUGGCUGUGCAGAUGCUAUAUGCGGUCUUUUAUCUUCAUGCUUCUACUGCUUGUGCUGUUGUUGCUUGUUUCGAGAUUGUUUCUUCGGCCGACACGGCCCAGGCCAAGGCAUGCCACCUCCGCCGUUUUGAAAAGAAACCCACGAAUCUGUCGAGCCAUGUCUGUCCAUUGUUCAUUUACAACGUUGUUAGUCGUUCAAAUAAGGUUUUAUGCCUUAGCUAUUGUUAUUUUACUUGAUAUUUAAUAGCUCACCGUUUUUUUAAUAAUACAUUUUUUUUUCACUGA